AUGGAGAGUAUAGAAGGUGGACAAGCCUCUUCAAGUCGCACCCCUGGUGUGGAUAUUAACGCUAUUGGAACAAUUGAUGGGACCAGUAUAUAUGACGUUGAUUUAGACUCAUUUGAAGAUAAACCUUGGAGAAAACCGGGUGCGGAUAUCACCGAUUAUUUUAAUUAUGGGUUCAAUGAAUAUACAUGGAAAGCAUAUUGUGCGAAACAGAAACAAAUGCGUGAAGAUCAGCAUCAACGCAAGAAAAUACAUGCAAGUUUUCUUUCAUUUGAUUAA